AUGGCUCCAUUAACUCUCGAGGUGCGCCACAGUGAGGAGGAGACUAUUGAGUGUUGGGACGAUGAUGACGAUCUUCAAUGCUUUGAGGAAAUUCACUUGCGGGCCGCAUCAAGUGCUACAUCUGUGACAACCUCUUCAAUACGUCGGUCGGGACAUCGGGACUCGAUAUCAUCGCGUCGUUCCGCGCGUUCCGAUAUUGACUCAAAUACAGGAGAUGAAGACUGGCAGGUUCAAUUAUUAGAUAACGAUGAACUCGUGAACGAAGAGGCCAUCGCCUCUGCCAGGAGCGCGGGGAUACCUUUGCCUACAAAUGUUCCCCGGUCAGCUCUCAUUGGGGGCACUAUCAAGCGUCUUGGGCAUAGAAAAAAGAGGAAGGACAUUGUUGAUGACUGGUCCGAUGACGUCGAAUUCCCAGGUCCCGAUAGCGUGUUAGAGUUGAGAGGUUCACUAGAUACGCCUUUCCCCGAGUCGCUCCGGCAUGUCAGUUCGGCUGCCGUAAGUCCAAUCAAACCUUUGGCUCCUCUAUUAGGUAGAGAUAUAUCGACUCAGCUCAACUCGGCCCUUGAAAUCACUGCCACUUCUCAGCAAUGCAGCGAACCAAACAACACCAAAGAUGUUCCUACAAUCAGGGUUGCGAGGCCUCAAAUUCCAGACGUGAAUUCAUCUGUCGGAAACUUUAUUUCUGAUAAAGAUAUUAAUCUGCCCGAUAGUUUCGAGGAGGAUCUUGAAUGGCCAGCCGAUGACAUCUCACUUCGACUCUCUCCUCGGAAGCCCCAUCUGGAAAACUCAAGCCACUCCCCGGAGGACUUCGAUGUAGACUGGUCGGAAGGCAGUAUUGGUGUCCGACUCGGUGGCACCGCAAGAGAGCCCCCAUCCAAUCCAAGCUCAUCGGUCUCUAUUAUCAGCCCAAGUGCCUCUAGUUGCCUGACGGCCGAAAGCGAAGAUGAUGGCCUCGAUGGUCUAGUAAUUCCAGAAGGGCCCCUCGACUUGGAAGCGACCUUGAAGUCACGAAAAGAACCGGCCCGUCAAGAAGCUGUUCCAUUGGAACCGAUUUCUCUUGAUCAAGCAUCACUCAGCACUGAUGACUUUUUCUCGGGGCUUGAAGUUGACAGCGGCGAUGUUUUUGAUCCUCGGAGGCUAUCAAUAAAUCCGAACGUCAAAUGUAAAAGGGAGUCCCCUAAAAGCCCUGCGCGGCAUUCGACAACUUCCAUCACCUUUACCAAUACAACAAUUUCCCCGAAAACUCGGAUUCCGCGUCUUUUGGGGCAAGAUCGCCCGCGCUCAACCCAUCUUGAAACUGUCUCGGAGAGCGGUGCUCUGUCGAGGUUUCGAACACCACAGCGCCGGCCCGGCGGUCAUUCAUCACAAUCAUCUAUAUCCAGCGCUCCUUCUGGAUCUACUUCUACUCCGUCACAGAUUCCCAUGACCCCCAACCGGCGACACAUGGGAACCUUGAUAUCAAAUGAUUCUUUUGUUGGAGAACGUGUCGCGCCCGCAAGGCAGCUACUGAGAGCUAAGCGUUCAAUGCCAUCUAUGCGAAACGUACAGCAGUCCGUGUCAGAUACUCAAAGUUCCCCUACACCUCAAGAUGGGCCAGGUUUGUAUAAUCAUUCUACUUUCCGGCCUAAGACCCCUAUUGAUCGCAUAUGGACCGAUACGAAGCCAUUUGUUCGUAAGCCUCAAGCGCCAUUCCUUCCAGCUGGAGCCUCCGAAAAACAAUCCCAUCACGCCAGCGUUAAGAACUAUCGAUACAAUCGUCGAUCCAACCCCGACAGUCCCCAUGACGCAUUGAGUCUCCAGGGGCCUGUAGCUCGACUGGCGCGAUCAAGUCGCCAUGACACCCCAAGCAAAAUUAUGAAUGAAACAAGUCCAGAAACUCUGGCCACCACAAACAAGAGGGCACUUACACGGCCCACCCGUCGGCGCAAUUUUGGUGACGGCUCCGAGUUAGCGUUGUUUGACGACUUGCCUACCUCUUCUUCAGCAGAGAGAAAAUUUGUCAAGCAUCCCACAGGGCGGGGUGUUCCAAGAACUCUCCGAAGUAAGCUGGGCCAGGGUCAGUAUAGCUCACUAAAAGCAGAAGUCCCAACCGAGCCAGCUUCUCCGAGUGCCACAAUAAAAUGCAAUACCGCCACUCCGAGAUUCGCACGGGACACCAAUUCAUCGAGAAACGCAAGAGAACAACGGAUUGCCUCUAUGGUAGGUGUCUUGAAGAAUCGCGAGCAUUAUCCGCUUGCACCCCUUGGCUCAAACUGGAGGCCUCCAAAUACCUCUCGACUGUCUUCUACCAUUGGGUCGGCAUCUGUUCGAGGCAAGAAAAGUAAAUUUAUACCAACUUCUGUGUGCAAGCCCCAACUGAUCAAGUCUAUGGGUGCGGGUGUGCAAGAGCGCAAAUCCCUAAAUGGCAUGCGCUACAAUCCAAAAUCGUUCUGCUGGGAGGGAAAUGAAGAUAUGGUUCAUGACUUUGAGACAAUGUCGCCCAAGUCACCGAAGCCAACCCCAGCUCUUAUCACCAAUAUAGGUGCUAUGCAGAAUGUUCAGGUUGUCGGCGGUAUGGUAUUUGAUCCACAACGUAUGUGCUGGCUCAAGCUGGCACCGUUGCAGCCGGGAAAAGAUGGACUGGUGGCUAUACAUGAUGAAGACGACGUUUUUGCCGGCCUUGGCGAUCUAAAGGAGACCACAAAUAUCAUGGCUGGUCGAUUCCUGGGUGUCAAUGAUGAACCAGGCCUUGUAGCCAGUGGCGAUGAUAGGAGUUACGAAGAUUCGUCGGAUGAGUGGCCUGUAACGGAGGAGUUCGAUGUUGGCCCCGAAUUUAUUCGGCGCCAGCGUGCAGAGGAAGAAAAAUGGAGGCGCAAGGUCGAUAAGUGGACAAUCUAUGACCGUGGGAGGUUUGGGGACGGCUGGAGAUGGGCUAUUCGAGAUCUGGUGAGAUUCAAUAGCACCCUCAGAACACAAGAUCUUGACCACACAUGA